AACGCAACUUGCUGGUCCGUUUGACGGACAGCUGGAGUGACCACUGCGGUGAGCGCUUCCCCUUUCUCGCCGUCAGCACGGUAGGCUGUGGAGCGAGCUAGCUUAGCUGCCGACGGGGAACAAAACAGACGCGGUGAUGUCCGGGAUUCUAAAUAAAAUGUGCUGGAGCCGGACCCUUCGCACCAGCUGGGUCCUGCUGCUGCUCCAGCUGCUGUGUUCAGAGGCAGUGCCCAUCAGUAUGGACAAGACCAAAGUCAAAGAGCCGGAGAGCCAACCCGAGGAGCCCCCAGCUAGUGUGGACACUGGACUCCACUAUGACCGCUACCUCAGGGAAGUCAUUGAUUUCCUAGAGAAGGAUCAGCACUUCAGAGAAAAGCUCCACAACACAGACAUGGAAGACAUCAAGCAAGGCAAGCUUGCCAAAGAGCUGGACUUUGUCAGCCAUCAUGUCAGAACAAAACUGGAUGAGCUGAAGAGGCAGGAGGUGAACCGACUACGAACCCUGAUUAAGGCCAAACAAGACAUUGAGGGAGGGAAUGAUAUUGCGGUGGACCACCAGGCUCUGCUGAAACAGUUUGAGUACUUGAACCACAUGAACCCUCACACAUUUGAAGUGGACGACCUCGAUCGACUCAUCAAAUCGGCCACUAAGGAUCUGGAGAACUACGACAAAGAACGACACGAGGAUUUCAAGAAGUAUGAAAUGACGAAAGAGCACGACAGACAGGAACACCUGAAAACACUGGAUGAGGAGGAAAGGAGGAAGGAGGAGGAGCACUAUGAGGAGAUGAAGAAGAAGCAUGCUGACCACCCUAAAGUUAACCACCCAGGCAGCCAGAAUCAGCUGAAGGAGGUGUGGGAGGAUGCUGACGGGUUGGACCCUGAAGAUUUUGACCCUAAGACCUUUUUCAAACUGCACGAUGCCAACGGAGACAGCUUCUUUGAUGAACAGGAGCUGGAAGCAUUGUUCACCAAAGAGUUGGAAAAAAUCUAUGAUCCCACCAACGAAGAGGAUGAUAUGGUGGAGAUGGAGGAAGAGAGGCUACGUAUGAGGGAACAUGUAAUGAACGAGGUGGAUUCUAACAAAGACAGGCUGGUCUCUCUAGACGAGUUCCUGGUUGCAACAAGGAAAAAAGAAUUCUUGGAGCCCGAUAGCUGGGAGACCCUGGAGCAGAACCAGGCUUAUACAGACGAAGAGAUGAGGGAGUUUGAGGAGCACCUUGCGCAGCAGGAAGAGGACCUCAACCAGAAAGCUGAUGACCUCCACAAACAGAGAGAAGAGCUAGAAAAACAACAGGAGCAGCUCAACGCACAGAAGAUAGAGCUGCAACAGGCAGUCGAUCACAUGGAGCGGCUGAAAUCACAGAAAGUAGAGCCCCCUCCUGAGGUUCACGUUGAAGGAAAUGAUAUUCCAGAGAUGCAUCUAGUUGACAAUCAGUUACAUCCUGAGCAAGAGGCCCACGAGCCUGCACACCACGUUCCUCAAGAUCCACAACAGGAACACUAUGAACAACUCAAUCAAGACCUGGCUCAGCACGGCCUCCCCCAGACGCACCACGAUCUGCCACCGGGCCACCAGGAAGUUGCACAAGGCCAGCACAACCUGCCAUAACAGAAGUUGCACAACCAGACUUUGGCAGCGCCUCCACUCCAGUGUGCAGAGGAGUCGUCCCUCCUGAGUAUUAGGCCUCUUUAACCAGAAUGACUUGCACACGUGAUGAUGACGGAAAGUAGCACAGACAGAAUCCCUGUUGAAUGAUGCCAGUGCUUGAUAAUAACUGAAAUCUUUGGAUUGCAUUACAGAAUCACAAGAGUAAAAUGACCAACCGAGAACGUGCAUCCUACAAUGUGCAUACUUAGUUGUGUUUGAUGACAUAAGAAAUGAUUGAGAAUGUUUGGUAAUACAUAAUUCAAAAAUAUGAUUUGUUUGAACGGUUGACCUGCUGUUUGCUGUUCAAAGUACAGAACCUCUACAAUGCCACUGGCUCCACAAACUGAAAGGAUGCGAAGAGCCUGUUGCGUUCAGUGCAAUGUUCGGUGCAGCUGCUGAGAGGGAUGAGAUGUAAAAAGUAAUAUAAAUGUUGUCAGUUUGACUUAAAUCUUCUGACUUGACAAGGUUAUGGUUUUCCUGAAACAUUUAGAAAGAGAUUAGUUUACAUGUGUGGCUUGUGGUGUAAUGUUUCACUGGAUUUUUAUAGUAUUUGAGUGCAACAUUUUUCUAUUAUGGCAUAAAGCCUGAAAGAAAAGAGACUAUUACAAUUUUCACUAGUAGGCAGCAUUUUGACAGAAACAGAAACGAUUUCACCCAAAAAGGACUUCUUGAUAGAAACAGGCAGUGUCAUAUAAUUAUGAUCUACGAGGCUUCCGUCAGAUCUUUGUUAAAUUUUUUUUUUUAUUAGAUCUCCAGCUGCCACUAUCCACAAAUAUUACGAUCUUUGAAUCAGAAGCCUUUGCAUGAACACAAGUUUUCUCUGUCCUCUUAUUUUUGUCAAGAAAUGAUUUUACCAAAACUUUUGCUACUUUCUUAAUGGUCACCCGAUCUUUAAACAUCACUCUUUGUGUACAGUCAGAUUUUCUCAAGUUUUUUCAACUGUAGAAAAUGUGUGCUAUACCUAGAAGGCAAUCAGGUAGGAACAUUUUUCAUAACGGACAUUUUUGGGUCACAGUGCAGCUGCUUUCCUCCAGCUUUGUUGUUAAAGUAAAGAAAGACACAUGGUUCUCCAAAUAAAGAUGGCUGUGAAAUCACCCUACAAAUUAUAAACAUGUUCCCCUAAAUUAAUUACAACCUUAAGUGUAAAAUAAAGUUAGCUUCCAGGUACAAUGUCCCUGCAAAUAAAUUGUAAAACCACAAUACACUUUCUGUUGAAGCAUAUUGGGCAUUUAGAGUCCGGACAUUCAUUCAUACACAAACGUGUAUGUGCCAUGUUUUAUUCAUGAGUUGAUCAUAAUUGAUCAUUUUAAUGAUUUUUGAUUUGCUUAAUAAAACUGUUUUGAUGUUAAGCUCAUUUUAUCAAUUAGGAUAUAGACCCAAAAAAAUAAAAUUAUUUCAGAUAAUUGGAAUGUUUUUCAUUAUUAUAAAAGGGGUUAUUACCAGUGUCACAUUGAAAAUGCAGCAGUAACAUUCAAACAACUGACUUGUUUCGUUCAGUUCACAUCUAUUUGUUUGGCACUUGGUCCCAAUUUGAAUAGCAGGCACAUCUUGUGACAAAUGCUCAGCUUCACAUAAUUGCUGCAAUGUGCUGCUUUUUCCCCGUUAUGUUGUGGUUUCUUCCUGCCGGCAGACUGUGUCCGCCGCCAACAGGCAUCAACUUACUGCCCCUUCUUACUGAAGGCGUUGUUUGCAUCCCGUCAAACAACAGCUCUGCCUUACUGUGGUUUAGCUUUAUACACAUUUUUGACAAGGGAUACUUUUAUUUUCUCUCCAUGUCAUUUGUUUUUGUGCCAAGUGUUCCUUGGAAACAAUACUGCACCAUAAAUUUGCACAAAAUGUUUCUGAUCGCUUUCUGCUGGAUAAAAUUGGUGGUACUGUACACCUCCGUCCAUAAUAAUAAAAGAGUUAUGACCUUU